AUGGCGUUGCUGACAACAUAUUUUCAACCUAUUGUAGUGUACAUGGUACGGGUCGGUUCUCAGAAUCGGCCUGGUGCUGAUCUCAAGACGAAGGUCCUUCUGAAAGGCGUCGGAGGCUCGAAAGAUGACAUCGAGGCUGAAAUAGGAGACGUUACGGAUUUUGCAGGCCCUAUGAUCCAAAUGGCAGGGCCAACCUUAGCAGCUGCAGAAGGCCUAAUUUACUCAAACACAAAUAUAGGGCUCGAAGGAGACCAACAUGAGCAGGAGCAUUUGCUCCCGGCACCAUUUGCGGACAAGGCCACCAAAUAUAUGGUCGGACCAAUACUACCACCAUGGUAUGAGCAUGCACUGGAGAGUGGUGUCAGGCCACCUCCACGGGAAUCUGCCUUGGGCGAUGAAUGUAUCGAGUUCAUGAGCGGGCACGCAGCUAAGUCUGUAGUGUAUGUGGCGAUGGGCAGUCACAUUGAACUUACCAUAGAGCAAGCAGCCUUGCUCAUCGAGACGCUAAGGAGAACCAAGACUCCCUGGGUACUCCUUUUUCGGAACGAUACUGAAGAGAUGAAGAAGAAACUUGGUGCAGAUUUCACCGACGGGGUAGUUACUGCAUGGGCGCCCCAACAGGAUAUACUUCUUCAUCCGGCGCUCAAAUGCGUGAUCUCACACGGCGGGUUCGGUACUAUGAUCGAGGGUAUCUAUGCCGAGCAGGCUUUCAUCACAACACCUGUUGCAUCGGAUCAAUAUAUCGACUCAAGGGUUAUGAGACAUCUAGGAAUUUGUGUCGGUACCAUUUCGGAGAAUCACUAUGAAUCAAUCAUGGGCAGGACAAAGCUUAUACCUCAUUGGCCCAAUGAUGGUGGCAAGACCAUACAGGAACUCUUUCAAAGACUGUUUGGCACGGUCGAUGGGGAGGUAGAGCUAGAAAGGGCUAGAGCUGCUUCAAGGGCCGUCAGACAGCGAAUGGUCGAUUCCAAAGCUCUUGCAGCAUCAAAGGCUCUAGAUGAGUUGAGAACAGCAAUGACGAGUUGA